AUGGAGCACGUGAAGAAGAAUCAGAAGUCGAAUUCUCACAACACGCAACCAGUUCGAGUAAUUAAUGCAAUUCACGGUCGGCCAGAACCUGCCGAGGAAUCAGAUGAACUGCUUCGAACACGCCUUCGCCAAGCACGGAUGAAGAGAAGGAUAGGCAGUGUAAACACUCUGCACCAACAGAGCGCAUCAACGCAGAUAAAGUUUGACGCAACAGACUUGUUGCGUGUUCAGAUCCCUCAUGAGGACCCGCUGGUCGUAAGUUUGACAGUGGCCAAAUGCUUGGUGCGCAGAGUUCUAAUUGACCCUGGAAGUAGUGCGAACAUCAUGCCAAGAGACACAUUCGAUCGGCUCGAGAUCAAACAGGAUUGGCUGAAAUCCACCGGGAAUCCACUAUUAGGGUUUGAUGGAAAGCGAGUGGAGCCCGUCGGCACGGUGGAGGUAGCGGUACAUGCUGCCGAGAGGGUUUUAAUGGAAACCUUUGUAGUUGUUGAAAUUCAUCCCUCUUACAAUCUUCUGAUGGGCAGAGGGUGGAUCCACAGAGUUCAAGGUGUUCCUUCCACUCUGCAUCAGGUAAUGAGAUGCCUGGGACCGGACGAAACCAAAGUGAUUGACAUUCAUGGAGACCAAGUUGCAGCUAAAGAAUGUUACUCUGUAACGCUGAAACAUACCGGAAGGGGGAAAGCUCCCAUUCGUUCAAUCGAUCAGUUCCGACCGGAGCGGACAACCAGAGUAGGGGAACGACUCGUUGAGGAGGAAAAACAGGAAUUAGUUGAUUUUUUGUCUCAAAACGCAGAUGUGUUCGCAUGGAGUCACCUAGACAUGCCAGGGAUCGAUCUUUCGGUAUCCUGUCACUCAUUGAACGUUAACCCUAAUGCAAAACCUGUAAAUCAGAAGCAGCGACAGUUUGCCCCCGAGCGCAACCGAAUUAUUGCCGAGGAGGUUGACAAGCUGCUUGGUGCGGGGUUUGUAAGAGAAAUGUACUACCCCGACUGGCUAUCGAAUGUGGUCGUUGUGCAAAAGAAAAAUGGGAAAUGGACGUAUUGUUACAAAGUUAUGCCGUUCGAACUGAAGAACGCCGGGGCAACUUACCAAAGACUUAUUAGCAAGAUUUUUAAGGAACAAAUAGGGAAGACAGUUGAGGCUUACAUUGAUGAUAUGGUGGUUAAAAGUAAGAAGAAAACUAAUCAUGUACAGCAUCUUCGAGACGUGUUUGAUGUGUUGCGGCGAUAUGGAAUGAAGCUCAAUCCGACCAAGUGCUCGUUCGGUGUAAGUUCAGGCCAAUUCCUAGGGCACGUGGUUAAUCUCAGAGGCAUCGAGGCAAGCCCUGCCCAAGCAGAUGCUCUGACUAAGAAUGCCGAGCCGACGACAAUCAAAGAAGUGCAAACACUUACGGGACGGAUUGCUGCACUGAGCCGUUUCAUUUCCAAAUUGCAGGUUUGUGGAGAUGAACAACGCCUAGCGUUAACUGCUCUGAAAAAAUAUAUGCAGAACCUUUCGGUACUGUCAGCUCCAGAAUCAGGCGAAAAACUGUUUUUGCAUCUCGGAGUAUCCAGUAUCGCGACAAGUGGCGUUCUGAUCCGCUACGCAGAAGGGAAGCAAUAUCCAGUGUUCUAUGUUAGCAAGACAAUGACUGAGGCUGAAAGACGUUAUUCAAAGGCAUAG